CGCCACAAACUCCUGCCUGCACUUUUCUCCGCGCACAGAAGCAGCAGAGGCGCGCAGUGCUUCUCCGCAGCGCGGAGACUCGGUCCGGCCACAGACGAGAGGACGCUCCGCAAACGGGGGGGACGAGUUGAGCCGCGAACGAACGAGGACGCCGGCGUGAUUUAAAAACAAACAACAACAAAAAACUGAGCCCUGAGCGAUGUGCGGCACGCGGGGGAAACACGCGACAGCUUAAGGUCGCAGCGCCCCUUCGCCCCCUCCAGCAAAAACAACACAAACAACAAAAAGCCGUUGACGACCAACGGCCGGGAGCACCUGAAUACCUGCGGCGUGUCGUUAGCCUCGGCUCGGUGACAUUGAGAGGCGGGGAGAGAGGGGGGGGGGGAGAGAGAGACUACGCCACGGGACGGGAGAAAGUUUCUGAAGCUGGGACACCGGGUUUGAGACGAUGCGGCUGACCCCGACGACGAGGCUCCCCCCGGCAGCCCUGCUGGUGCUGCUGGUCGCCCGCUGGUCCCACGGCAUUUCGCUGUCUCCCGAAGAGGCGAAGCAGUUCCUGAGCAGACCCAGGAGAGCGAACCAAGUUUUCGAGGAGACGAAGCAAGGGCACUUGGAGAGGGAGUGCGUGGAGGAAAAGUGCAGCAAGGAGGAGGCCAGAGAAGUGUUCGAAAACGACCCGGAGACGGACUACUUCUAUCCAAAGUAUUUAGCCUGCAUGGAGAAGUUUGGAGACGCUGAAAAGAAGAAACAGGAUCUGAUCACAUGCGUUCACAAUAUUCCAGACCAGUGCUCUCCUUCUCCCUGUAACGCCAGAGGUACGGUGCGCUGCGAGGACAAAAAGGGCGACUUCCUGUGUCACUGUUUCACGGGCUGGGCAGGAGCCAGAUGUGAUAAAGAUGUCGAUGAGUGCAGCAAGAGAAAUGGAGGGUGUGACCACGAGUGCAACAAUACUAUGGGCAGUUACCGCUGCUCCUGUCACCAAGGCUACGUGCUGGUAGAACGACACAUGUGCGACGACGUGGACGAGUGUGAUAACCCAGGUGUGUGUGGAACCGCCCGGUGCGAGAAUAAGAAGGGCGGCUUCGGCUGCUCGUGCGACGUCGGCUACGUCUACGACAACGAGACCAAGAGCUGCGUCGAUGUGGAUGAGUGUGGUGCAGAUGUGUGUGCGGAGCAGUGCCUGAACACUCUGGGGAGUUUCCGUUGCUUCUGUGAUGGUCGUCAGGGCAUGAAGCUGGGCCGGGACCUGAGGAGCUGUAAGACUAUAACUCCGUGCAUGUCGCCGUCUUUGAGGAGGAACUCUCGUUCGCUCUACCUCGGCCGCAUGUUCAGCGGCGUGCCGGUGGUGAGGCUGCGUUUCCGCCGGCGGGUUCAAACCGGCUUCUCUGCAGAGUUUGACUUCCGCAGCUACGACGCCGAGGGAGUGAUUUUCUUCGCCGGAGGUCACUUAAAUAGCUCCUGGAUCGUUCUUGCAAUGCACCAUGGGAAGCUGGAACUCCAGCUUAAAUACGGCACCGUCAGUCGGGUCACCAGCAGCGGGCCUGUGGUUAAUGACGGAGAGUGGAGAAAGAUCUCGGUGGAGGAGCAGGGGCGGAGUCUAGUGAUAAAGAUCGACAGGGAGGCGGUCAUGAAGAUCGCAGUGAACGGUGAUCUGUUUACGCUCAACAAAGGCAUGCACGAACUCAACCUCACCGUGGGAGGAGUCCCUUUCAGAGAGGACGGCCUCGUCAAUCAGGUGAACCCCCGUCUGGAUGGCUGUAUGAAGGAGUGGAAGUGGUUGACGGGCGAAGAUACGUCCAUACAAGAAACCAUCCGGUCCAACGACAACAUGCAGUGCUUCAACACGGAGAAGCCUGGAACGUAUUACCCCGGCACCGGCUUCGCUCUCUUCAACAUCAGCUAUGAACCACAGAGUCUGAGCGUGCAGUUGACCCUGCGUCCAACGUCUGCGAUCGGAGUGCUGUUUGCACUUGUUCACCAGGACAGAGUCCCUCUCUCCAUCGCGCUGGCCGACUAUCAUCCCGGCACUGAUGAAUGGCGAGAUUUUGUUCUGGUAUCUGUUAGUGAUGUCAUCGUCGCCAGCUCUCCUGCCCCGCUGUGCGACGGUGAGAGUCAUGAAAUCCUCGUGACGAUCUCCGGCAACCAAACCCUGCUGCUGGUGGAUGGCCAAGCUGGACGUAGUGAAGAAACCGACAUUUCUACAGACGUCCUGUCACAGUCCAGCACCUUCAUAGGAGGCCUGCCUGAUGUUUCUCUGGUGACCACGCUGGUGUCGGCGCCCUACAGCGGCUGCAUGGAGGUCAGUGUUAACGGACAGCCCCUGGACUUGGACCAGGCCAUCCACAAACACAACGACAUCCGCUCACACUCCUGCCCCCUGCUGGACUCCCACCAGUGACCAGAGCAUUAGUCUGCCACCGCUGAUCCAUUAGCAGUUCAUUGAGGCAAUGGGGAUUUUUUUUUCCUUCCCCAACACAUUGAUAAAAGCUUUGACGGGAGAUGAUUUCUAUUGGAAUGUUAAAAAAACAAAUGCUGGACCAGCAGCUGUGGUUCAGCUGGAGCCUUAGCCCAGGAUUACUAUUACUGUGAUGACGCUGCGGUCUACAGGCGUUUGUGGGGAUUUUAAAAGCACUCCCAGUAUAAUGACUCUGUAGGGCAGUGAGUCAGCCAAUGAGCAUUGUCCCCUGUGCCAGGCAGAAGAUACGGGAAUAAAUGCUGCACAACAUUGCCUCAAAAACUGCCCAUGAAUCGCAGUCUCUCAAGCCCACACUGCACCUUCUCUAGAUCAGUGUCCAGCUGUUGCUCCUGGCUCAGCCUGCUAUGCCCGGCAUCCUGUGCCGAUCUGCCUGGGACCUUGUAGGCUGUGAGUCUUCGCUGCAGCUGCUCAGCUGAUAGAGCUGUGGUCAUAUAGGCCACCUAAGGCCCGCGUCACGAAGCUUAAAAUAAUCAAGUGCGCAUCUGAUUAAAUGGGGACCAGAAAUAAAGUCAUUCAUCAGCUACCCAGAGAAAAUGUGUGACUAGCUGCUCAGAUCUUCAUGAGCGCCUAAUGAAUUUCGGGGUUGAUUGGGCGCUAGGUCAAUCUUUUGAAUCCCCUCCAUCACUGCAGCAGGGGUGGGCGGUAUUAGGCACAACUUUGUCUCCUGUAGAAACUUUGCACAUUGUUGCAGGGAGCCAUGGGCGGUGCUGGAAUCGUAUUGGUUUCUUGACUAAAGCAGCACUCCAUGUAAACCUGCAACCUUAAAAAUCAACCGUGUGCCUAGAAAGAAAAGAACAACCAAACCCAAACUUCACAACAGCUGUGACACACACACACACCGAGCUAACGCUACUCCUUUCAAAAUGUUGUGCUCCGUGCAGUUAACACACAUUACCCCCUGUGCAAUUUGAAGCAUUGGUAUUAGCCUGACUGACACCCGCAUUCUCAAUGAUCUAACUUCAUCACAAAGGUCCCCUCUUUCACUCUGAAUCAGCCAAACGCAUGUAAAACCUGGCAUAUAUCGAUAGAUUAGUCCCAGAAGCACCGGAAGGGGCCGUCGCCAUGAAGGAGAGAGAGUGAGCACUGCGCCAAAAGCACCACACAAGCUACUGAGAGAAAAGAAGAGUGCGCUGUAAUAUACUGAAUCUGUAAAUAAUGUGAGUGUACAAUGCUUUGUAGAAGACGGAAAACAUAAAACACUACCUUUGGCUCACUGAGGUUUCUUGCACUUUUAAGUUGUAAUAAAACCGUAAUCUGGGUCUCUGAACUUCAUCUGCUUCCUGCCAAUGUUUGAGCUACAAGUGAACUAUUUUCUUCAUGUAGGAGAUGGGUGACUGCCAGGGAUCAAAGUAUCAUACGUCUUUAGGGACUCUGUUUUUAAUUUGAUUUUAUAGGUGCUGAGCAAAUAAAAAUUCAAUAAAAACACAGGAUUACAGGAGCAUUGAGCCUGAGAAUGCCAAAAGGGCUCCAGUUCUAUUUUACUUCUCUCUAAUGUAUCGUUUUCUAGUUUGCUGAUGAAUGAAUGCCAGAAUAUAGAGCUUGAUGAGCUUUUUUUUUAUCAUGUGUUGUAAAUUGAAUUUGACUGUUUUCAUUUUACACUUUUAACUGCCAGUAUGUGUACUAUGCUGCGAGGAGUCUGCCUUUGAGUUUUAACUUCCUUCAACAGUGAAAAUCCUAUUUAAAAAUAAAAGCAGUUGUAUGAACAUUAUAGAGUAAAGUCGUAUUUUCAAAAAACUGA